AUGUCUUCUCCUCCUUCCAAAGCCAAGGAGGUUUUCUCCUCGGACGAAGAGGGCCCCGCCGCUGGGGCCGAGGAUCGCCACAAAGUCAAGGUCUCCAGUUUGCCGUUCAGCGUGGAGGCGCUGAUGUCCGACAAGAAGCCGCUCCGAGAAGCCAGCGGAAGCCUGGAAGGGGCUGGCUUGGGUACUUCUAGGAACCUGCUCUUGCCCGCUCACGUCUCCAGGGAAGCGCCCAGCCCCGGCGGCCUUACAAAAACCUUCGAGACCUCGUCGGUGAAGUCCGAAAACUCCGAGGAUGGCUCGUCCUGGAUCCCAGAGGCCGGCAGAUACUCCCCUCCCCCAAGACACCUGAGUCCCACAGCCUGUACGUUGAGAAAACACAAGACCAAUCGGAAGCCUAGAACACCUUUUACAACUUCCCAGCUGCUGGCUUUAGAGCGCAAAUUCCGUCAGAAGCAGUAUCUAUCCAUUGCUGAAAGAGCUGAAUUCUCAAGUUCCCUCAACCUUACAGAGACCCAAGUCAAAAUAUGGUUCCAGAACCGGAGGGCCAAGGCAAAAAGACUGCAGGAAGCAGAGCUGGAGAAGUUAAAAAUGGCAGCGAAGCCCAUGUUGCCAUCCGGUUUUAGCCUGCCUUUCCCUAUCAACUCGCCUCUCCAGGCAGCCUCUCUCUAUGGAACAUCAUAUCCCUUUCACAGACCUGUGCUUCCCAUCCCACCUGUAGGACUCUAUGCUACUCCUGUGGGCUACAGCAUGUAUCACUUAUCAUAAGAAGACCAGAAAGGGAUGAUGGAGUGUACUCAGUUAAAAAGUGCUGUACAGAACCAUGACUGGUCAUUUUCCACCUACUUGUAAUGUGCCUUAUCAAAUAUAUACCUAGGAGUUUGAACCCAGAACCCCGUAUUCCGCAACUUGGGAACCAACCAAAUGUGAGCUCACCAGCUAGAAUCUGAUCGUGAAUGCAAGUUUUUUUUUAAUAUGCAGACUUUAAGGAUUAUAGUUUAUUUAUAUACUGCAUAGGGAAGGGGGAUUACAGUGAUAACUAUUCCCAUGAAAAUGUAUGAUUUAAUUACCAGCCUCCUGGGAGUUCCCAGUAAACCUGUGGAAUAUCAUUCUCACACAC